AUGGAGAUAAGAAAGAAAUCAAACAUAACUCUGUCUCUCGUCUUAGAUUCUUCUUCUUCCAAGCCUUUCAUGGCUCUUCUCUUCACCGUCCUCCUCUCCCUAACCGGCAUAGCUUCAGCCGCUGCCGUCGGUGGUGGCCCAACCGCUAGUUUCAAACCGGCAGAUGACAUUCUAAUUGAUUGUGGAGGCAAGUCGUCAGCCAAAACCCCUGAAGGCAGAGUCUUCAAGAGUGACUCGGAAACGGUUCAGUACAUAGAAGCCAAAGACGAUAUCCAAGUCUCUGCGCCGCCUUCAGAUAAAAUCCUUUCUCCUAUAUACCUAACGGCGAGGAUCUUCCGCGAAGAAGCCAUUUACAAGUUCCAUUUGACACAACCUGGUUGGCAUUGGGUUCGUCUCCAUUUCUUUGCCUUCCCAAAUGACAAGUUUGAUCUCCAAAAAGCAACUUUCUCUGUUUUAACAGAGAAAUACGUCUUGCUCCAUAACUUCAAACUCAGUAAUGAUAAGAGCCAAGAUGUUGUUCAGAAAGAGUACCUCGUCAACAUCACCGAUGCUCAAUUCUCUCUUAGGUUUAAACCUAUGAAAGAUUCUGCAGCUUUCAUCAACGGAAUCGAAGUUGUGUCAGCUCCAGACGAGCUCAUAACCGAUUCAGGCACUUCCCUUUUCCCGGUCAACGGUUUCUCGGGUCUCUCUGAGUACGCAUACGAGCCGGUUUACAGGGUUAACGUAGGUGGCCCCUUGAUCACGCCACAGAACGACACGCUAGGUCGAACAUGGACGCAAGACAAAGAGUUCUUGAAAGAUGAGAACCUUGCUAAAGACGUCAAAACAACAGCUUCAGGGAUCGUGUAUCCUCCUGGCAUUACACCGCUCAUUGCGCCGCAGACGGUUUACGCAACAGCUGCAGAGAUGGCUGAUUCUCAUACCAUUGAUCCUAACUUUAACGUCACAUGGAACUUCCCAUCAAACCCUUCGUUUCAUUACCUCAUCCGUCUUCAUUUCUGUGACAUUGUGAGCAAGUCCCUUAAUGACCUUUACUUCAACGUUUACAUCAACGGCAAGACCGCCAUUUCUGGUCUGGAUUUGUCCACUGUAGCUGGAGAUCUCUCUGCUCCUUACUACAAAGACAUUGUUGUCAACUCUACGCUCAUGAAACAAGAGCUUCAGGUCCAGAUUGGUCCCAUGGGAGAAGACACUGGAACCAAGAACGCGAUCUUGAAUGGAGUCGAGGUCUUGAAGAUGAGCAACGCAGUGAACAGUCUUGACGGAGAGUUUGGAGUUGAUGGAAGAACGAUUGGGAUGGGGAAGCACGGGAUGGUUGCAACCGCGGGGUUUGUGAUGAUGUUUGGAGCUUUUGUAGGACUUGGAGCAAUGGUUUACAAGUGGAAGAAGAGACCACAAGAUUGGCAGAAGAGGAACAGUUUCUCUUCUUGGUUGCUUCCUAUACACGCAGGUGACAGUAGCUUCAUGACAAGCAAAGGUGGUUCUCACAAAUCCAACAUGUACAACUCCACGCUUGGCCUCGGACGUAACUUCUCUCUCUCAGAGCUUCAAGAAGUCACCGAGUACUUCGAUGCGUCGAAGAUCAUCGGUGUUGGUGGAUUCGGAAACGUUUACAUCGGAACAAUAGAUGAUGGCACUCAAGUUGCGAUCAAAAGAGGUAAUCCUCAGUCAGAGCAAGGGAUCACAGAGUUCCACACAGAGAUUCAGAUGCUGUCUAAGCUCAGACACAGACACUUGGUGUCCUUGAUUGGUUACUGCGACGAGAACUCAGAGAUGAUCCUUGUCUAUGAAUACAUGUCCAAUGGUCCUUUCAGAGACCAUCUUUACGGUAAAGACGUUUCCAAGCCUCUGACGUGGAAGCAACGUCUCGAGAUAUGCAUCGGAGCUGCUCGUGGGCUUCACUAUCUACACACGGGAACAGCUCAAGGGAUCAUACAUCGCGACGUCAAGUCAACGAAUAUUCUUCUUGACGAAGCUUUGGUUGCUAAGGUCGCUGAUUUUGGUCUCUCCAAAGACGUGGAACUCGGACAGAACCAUGUCAGCACGGCGGUGAAAGGUAGUUUCGGGUAUUUAGACCCGGAGUACUUCAGGAGACAACAGCUUACGGACAAGUCAGAUGUUUAUUCGUUUGGUGUUGUUCUUCUAGAAGCUCUGUGCGCUAGACCAGCCAUCAAUCCAGCGCUACCAAGAGAGCAGGUUAAUUUAGCCGAAUGGGCUAUGCAGUGGAAACAGAAAGGGUUGAUGGAAAAGAUCAUUGAUCCUCAUCUUCUUGGCCAUGCGAAUCCUGAAUCUAUGAAUAAGUUUGCAGAAGCUGCAGAGAAGUGUUUGGAAGAUUAUGGUGUUGAUAGACCAACAAUGGGAGAUGUUUUGUGGAACUUGGAAUAUGCUCUUCAGCUUCAAGAAGCCUUUGCUAAGGGAAAAACUGAUGAGGCUGAGGAGGGUGAUGAUGAUACCGGUGUGCCUGUGGCUGCUGCUACGGUGGCUUCUCCACAUGCCCCCACCACAGCCACCAGCGCAGCAAGAAGUGAACGUCCGGUCACUCAGCCUGGAGAGAAGGAUGACUCGGCGGUGGACGAUCCCUCUGGAACCACCAUGUUUACUCAGUUUGGUAGUCUCAACGGAAGAUAA